AUGUCGCAGGUAUUUCUACAGCUUCUCAACGUUAUUCAUGGUUAUACUUGUGAGGAGAACCCAUUUCAUGGUCACGUUGCGAAUCAACAAAAGAACGGAUCUUGUUACCAUUCCGACAAGCCAACAAGGGCGUUCUGUCUUCAAAGCGCGACAAGGAAGGGCAUGUCUCCGAUGGCACCGAGAAUGUCGAUACCUGAAACUGUAGAGCCUUCUCACGUCCUUGAGGCACGACGGAGGGAAUGUCCGGCAAGCGCAUCACGUGGCAUUAUUGAAGGCAUCAAGAUCGUUAUCUCGCGCUUGAGAAGCCGUGAGGGUUACGCACUUCCCACAUAUGCGUGCGCCUGGUUCCCUACACAUACAAAGGAAGCACUAGAAGUCCUUACCACUGAUAGCAGCCUUCUGCUUGGCGACCCCCUUGAGAAGCUUGCGUUUAUGAUCGUAUUGUACCGGGAACCAGGACGUCAGGAGAUAUAUACGUUGGACGGAGGUACUGACCUGUUGAAGAGAUGGCAGGGAGCGGAUGGAUUUCACUGCGCCUGGAUGUCGGAAACGGGUCCGACUCCUCGGUUGACAAACGCCAGUACACAACUGGGGGGAAAAGGACAAGCCUCUCUGGACGAGUUUUUCGAUGCCGUUGUCAUGCGCGGUGCUCACCGCUAUUAUCCAACCUCUCAGAGCACGUCAUAUAGCUCAUACCAGUCUGUCCAGAGACAACCUGAAACCCCUUCGAAUCGUGAAUCCUCCGGGAGAUGGACCAGCCCUUUGCAAAACUUGUCAAAUCAAUCGGGAGGAACAAACAUUGCCCCUCCACGCCAGACCGGGGGGAUCGGGGGAAGACAUUCCCGCGCCCCGUCAAACGCAGGCAGGGCUACCAGCUCGAGGUAUUCUUCCACUUCUAGUCUUCAACAAGGUCAGGCUAGUACUAGAGGAAGGGUAUUCGGACCUCCCGCCACACUUUGGGUACCAGAGGACAAUCCUACUUUUUCGUACACGAUACGGAAGCUAGACGACAUCGAAUACUACUAUACACGCGCGACGGAUGCCGGUCAAAGGGAGUGGUGUAUUCGAUACGAAGACGAUCUCAGGACUGGUGCUCCCCCAAGGAUUCUGGAUGGUUCCGAUGCCACUUUUAAGAAUUCGUCCUCAAGGACUUCACGAAGUACAGAACCCCUCGGACAACACUUUCGGCACAUGUCGCAGAAUACAGCAGCUUCCGGUCAAACAUCCCUUCCUGAGACCUCUGACGGUAGGAGUGGUACUGCGACCCAAUCUUAUUAUAUUCCGGAUGUAGACGAUUCCCUUCUCACCGAAAGAAGUUGCAAAGGUGGUGACGAAGGAUGGAAUUACCCCACACCGAGAUUCCAGCGAUCUGAUGUCAAGCCCUCUGAGCCGAAAGCGAGCGAGAUCUCUCGUUCGAUGAAAGGGUCGAAGAGUCAAUUGGGACAGCGACAGCAGGAACAAGCUGAUGUCGAGAGAUUCUUGACCCCAAAGAGGGUCUCCGGGGCGAACCGCUUUCAGCUCAAAUUGCAUGAGCCCCGGACGAUCGCAUUUAUGUCGACCACUAGUCUAUCGACAUUACCACGCCGACGGGACUUUCAAGGGUUGCAAGGAACAAUCCGCCUGACGGGCUAUCAACCAAAUGAUUCGACUGAAGCCUCCGAGUUGACACGGUCCGUUGAUCGUGAGGAGAUCAUGUCGACGAUGAAUGAUCCCGUGGGAAACCGUUCGACGACCGGAUCGGAACAUUCAGCUGCCGAGGUCGAUCAUCACUGCGACAUCGAGAUCAGGAACCGAUGGUUGACUGGGAUUGAUGAUGAGAUCGAGCGUAGGAGGCAGGACGAGGCCACAAGACAGGCGAGGGAGGAAGCUGAGAGGGACAGACAAUUCGAAAAUCGCCGCAGACAGCUUGACGCCGAAGAAGGGCUCGCCUUCAUUCGCAGACGCAGAUUCGCUCGCUUAUCUUCUAGUUGA